GUACGCUUGGCUAUUGUUAUUAACAGAAUUUUGGCGCGAGCUGAGGGUACGCAAACUUGACUGGUACCAGGACUAGUUGCAAGUCACACGACAAAGCGAAGAGGAAGUGUGUGAUUCGCUUUCGCGAUCGCCGAGUUUUCUUUUUCCGGUGGAGUUAUUAUUCGUAUGGAAGAAUGUAGCUUCGGGAGGGAUGUUUUAAAGUGGAAAAGUGCUCAAGCGCCAUUCACACGUGGUUUGAUCUCCAUUUGGAAGUAUGGAGUGUCCGAAGGAAGAGACGGUAGUCAAGCACACCUUGGGUUCGUCGCGGAGAAAAUGUACUUGCAAGAGUUUUGGAUUAAGCAUGUCGAAUCUUCUAUGCCUAUCAUUUUUGCUUAAUAUUGUUUUCGUUGUACUAUUCGUGGUUGUAUUUAUACAACUACAGACCUUACAAACCUUACAAACGCGAGUAGAGAAAAUUGAAUCGUCUAUGGUCGAACAACCAACAAAAUUUGCCCCUCUACGAGGCAAUUUGAGUCAAUCGGCGCUUCCUGCCGAACCAACGAAUGUUACAUCUCCCCCGACUCUUCUGAAGGUACGUGCCAUUUGUUUGUGCCAACUGAUCGUAAUAUCUCGGGAGAAUUGAAAGCAAAUGAACACUAAACGUAUUCCGACGUAAAAGACGUCGGCUUUGCGUUCCAACACUGGUGUGCGAUUUCACCUCUUCACUUCAUUGUCCAUGUUUGAUGUGUAAUCCGAGAGAUGCUUAUUUGAAGAAUAAUUUUUUUUCGCGUUCUAAACAGAGCAUGCCGUCAAUCCACAUUUCGCGGAGGAGUACUUCGCACACAGAUCCAACGAGGCCAGCAUUUACCGAAGCAAGGAAAAAGAAUUGCAAAGUGAAUAAAUGUACUCGUGAGUACUUGAAGAAAAUGGUCAAACGCGAAGUGCAUCAAUUUUUCGGCACCGAAACUCGGGCAAGAACGACAUUUUGUACUGCGUGUAAACUGCCACAAGGUAAGUUUAUAUAAGUUUUGUUCUUCAUUAUCUUGUGAUGGGCACAGAUUGUGAGUGGUUAAAAUAUGUAAUACGUGCUUGAGAGAGCUCCGUUUUCCACCAUUUCGAACGCGUAUUUUAUUAGUAAAUAUGUUGUCGGAUGAUGUGAUUGACCGUGAAUCAAAAUGCUGCCAAAUGGUUAAGCUUUUCAUUCAUUCCUUCAGCAUACAUCGGAAAAGGAAUGUCUAGGUUCGACAGGCCUAUUUUAGUCUCCGCUAUGUUCGAAAGUGAAAUCAUAAGGUUAUCGAAUGAACUUUGGAAGUAAUAUUUCUGUAAUUUUGUCUGUCGUUGUUUGAAGCUAGAAUUCCGCGCUGUGAAGCCGAGGAAUUGGUUUCAGUUUGUACAAUAUUGUUACGCAUAGAGCGAUUUAAUUCACGUAGCGCCUUCCCUUAUUUACUUGUCGAACUUACUGAAGUAGAACCCAAUGUCACUGAAUUGCAUAUUGAUCUCAGCAUCGGGAGUAUAAUUUGCGAAUAUUGAUCGUUAAAACUUCUUCAGCAUUUUUAUAAAGAUCUUCUUUCUCAUCCGCUGGUUUGCGAAUGGUACUGCGUGUGUAAAAGCGAAUACCAAUUACCCUUCGUCACACGUGAAACGUUCGUUGACCACAGAGGAUUAAUCUAUGCACAUAGCUAUGAUAACCAAAAUAAUUUUACCUUUCUUCUGCUGAAAAGUUAAUUUUGUCACGCGUAACCAGAUAUCGAAUUUUUUAAGUGGCUGCGAGCUAACUCUGAGGAAAACUUGAACCGUUUCCAAAAACACGGAAAUUUUUCGUAAUCAGUGGCCAUCAUUGCCUUUAAAUAGAGUUUUACCGCUUCCUUUUUCAAACUCCGCAGUCAUAGGAAACCAAUUCAACUGACAGUUAUUGAAACUAUAGGUAUUGACAAUUUCCUGCAAGGAACAUUUCAGUAUAUUGUUCUAUGAUUGAGGUCAGGCAGUCGGAAAAUGGAUAAAAUAGAAACUUCUGUUGUGAGUUGAGUUCUCUUUCCAUAAUGCGGUUUUGUUUUCCACUAUACACCUUUACUCCUCCUUCUAGUCUGUUCUUUUGUACCUUUGCCAGUUCUCUCUACUAACAGGUGUUGCAUUAUUAGCAUACAUUUUCAAUAAUUUUAUUAUCUCUUAAGUCGCUCUAUUUAGAUCCAUUCGGAGAUAAUCAGGCUAAUUGCUAACUGAAAAACAAAAUGCUUGCAUAUGAAUUGGGACAGUGUGUGAUUGAUCUUUAAUGAUGUCCACUAAAAUUUUGUUAGCUUACUUGUUGUAAAUUGUAUGUCUAAGAUAUGUCUGCAAUGUGAAAUUUGCAAGAUUCCUCUAUAAAUGAAUUGUUUAUAUAGGUUACUAGUGAGCACCAGAAUUUUUGAGUUUUGAAUAAGUGAAGACUUUAUGAGUGCAUUAUUAGGAGGUAGAAAAGAUAUUAAUUACUAUAUAAAUUUGUGUUUUCUAGGCAUUUAUGGUUUUUUUUUGUCGAUUUGAUGUUGAUUGUGAGAUCUCUUAUGUGUCUACUAUCUAAAAUGCCAGACAAAAAUAGAUUAAAUUUAGCUCAGGAUAUCAGAAAUGGUAUUGAAAGUCGCCGGAGAGAAUAUUUGUUUUUAGCCUUGCUCUUCACUAUGUUGUGAAGGAGAAUUUUUAGUUGUUCCAGAAACCAGUAUUGUAAAAAUAUUUUGUAACAAGAUGUGUGAUUCUGUCUCCUAUUUGGAUUGUUUCAUUGGAAACCAUUUUCACUGAGUGUUUGUUGAAAUUAGCAAACAAACAGCUGUGAUUUGUAUAGUUUCUGUUAUUGUUUGUCAUCAACAGAACAAGGAAAGACUGAAACAUAGGCUGCUAAUUUGGAACAUUGGCAAUUCCACAUGUUCGCAGAGUGAUGUAAUUGUUUUGACAAAUGAAUUUGACACAAUGAAAGUUAAUUUACAUACAAAUUAACUGUUGCUCUGCCAACAACUUAUUAGUUAUACCAGUUGAGCAGGACUUAAUUUGUUUCUUAAAAAAAGCUUGUGCAAGGCACUUCCUAGAAAGAAAUUGACUCUGUGUGGUUUGAUUUUGCCACUUUGCAAGAAUUGUGAUAUCAAUAAAUUUCUCUGAAGAGAACUGUAUAAAUGUCUGAAAUAGUGGUUUAAUUCUCAAGGAUGGGAAAACACAUUUUGUUUUCUGUGGGCUCAUACAAUUUACCAUUUCACUUCUUUAUGUUUUCUUUUGUUCAUCAUGUCUUGCUGGUAGUUGGAAUAGGAGGUUUGAUAGGUGCAAUGCAUGAAAUAAAGAUUGAGAGAGAUGAUCAAUUUCACUCUGAGUAUGAGUAGUUUGCAUUAAAGCUUAAAGUAGCAGUUUCUCAGUUGUUAAGUAAAGAAUCUUGUCAAUCUUUCCUAUUGAAAACUUUAAUUGUUCCAGGUCGUAAACUGCAGGUGAUAUUUUUGGCAACAUUGGCUGUCUUGUAUAACAAUCCUGAAGUUGUUUAGUUGUAUAGACUUAGUAAAGCAAUCUUAGAUGGACCAAUGUUUUCAAAAGUAAAAUUAUUAAGUUCUUCAAAGAGGUGUGAUGAGGUAUUGUUAGCAAAUGAGCAGUUUGAAUAUCCUGAGGGAAGCUGCCAACCAUGUGGUCAUGAAGCCAAUUGUUUUGCUUUUCCAAGGGUAAAAGAAAGAACAAUUGUUUACAUUUGAAAUUGCUUCCUUGGAUCAUUUGAAGAAGGAAAGCCUCUAAGAUCACAAAGUCUUGUUUUGCAGCAUUGUGAGAAAAAUAAAAAUGGACCUGGUGUUCUGUUUCCAGCCUUAUCAGAUUAGUAACCGCAAUUAACCAAAAUUAAUUUCCGACUCUCCCAGGCUACCUGGUUUGGUGGCUUAAAAUUAUUGCAUAAAUUAUUUGCCAAAAUUUUUUAAGCGGCUUGAAAAUUACUCAUGUAAAUACAGUCAUUGUUGAAAGAUGGGAAAUGCUGCAACUAGUACUGCAGAUGAACUACUGUGGAAGACUUUUAGUAGGCCAGGCUAAUGUUACUUGCCAUUCUUAAGGUCAAUUUGCAUAAGGAAAACCUUUGUUUUAGUUGGGAAAACAGAAAGACAAAAGCGCUCGGAAACAAAAAUUCUUAAGUUAAUUGUUGUGCAAGGAGAUGAUUAUCUGAGGGAUUAUUUAAUUGUUACACUUUUUUUUUUUCGCAAAUUGAUUUUUUUUUUCAGUGUCAUUUUUGUGUUGCAUGGAUCGAUUUGGACUUUGAAUGUGCUGUGGGUCUUGUUAUGCAGUCCCCUUUUUAAGCUUUUCAUUUGUAAUACCCACUUCACACUUCUCUAGUACCAUGGCUUAACCCUCUAACUCCCAGAUCGUAAUUGUAAUUCUCUUUACUGUCAACCAUACAAUUCUUAUAAUGUUAGUUCAGAGAAUUUAGAGUUGGUCAACUUAUUAUUCCCAAAUUGAUAUUUUUCUUUAUUCUCAUCACUUAUCUGGUUGAUGGUGUAUUGAUAUUGUAAGGAGAAACUCUGUCUUGGUCACCCAUUGGAGUUAAAGGGUUAAGAACCACAACCACACUGAAGAAGAAGUUUUAAAUACAAGAUUUUCAUGUCAGAAGGAAUCACCACUGGUUUAGAAUUAGCCAUGAAAUUGCUCUCUAUGCACUAGCUGAAAUCAGACCAGGCUUUGAGCCACAGAUUUUUGACUGCAAUUUUAUUCUUCUAUUUGAAGAAUAUUAAUCCCUCUUUCAUUUUCUGAACACAUUUUCUUAAAAAAAAAAAUGAGUUCCACUGGCUAGAGUCCAACUUCCGUCUUUUAUUAAUUGUCAUACAGUAAACACAGUUGCCUGGCAAUUACUUCUUUUUGUUCAACAUUUCAAUUUGAGUGGAUGCAUGUGUGUCAUUGAUGUAGAUGUAACAUUGAGUGGGUGUCAUUGACAUCAUGUCUCUAGGAAGCUUUUAGUGAAGUAGCUGCCGGCUAUGAUGAAGCAGUAGGAUGUAUUAAUGAUGUGUGUUUUCAAGGGGUUGCUUCUAAUAUUUUCGUGUUUUAUUUUUUGGUGCCAGUUGUCUUUACCAUCUGGCAUGUAUCUCUGUGUAUUGUAUUGAGACUCUUAUGUAUUUUAAAGACAAACACCAGUUAAUAAUUUUUUUUAUGUUCACACUGUUUGUCAACUUGAAAGUUUAUUAAUGUUGUCAUACUCAUGGAGAGUUUAUUAGGCAGGUGCUUCUGACUUGAUUUAAUUAGGUGUUUAUGGCAACGUGAAUGGUCUAUUAGGUGUUUGUUUUGUAAGUUUUGUUGAUUGAUUGAUAGAAAUUUAUUUCGAUGUGACACACUGAUCAAAUGUUAAAUUUCUUUUGAUGAAUGAACAAAUCAUUCUUGUCAUGAUUUAAAUAUUUAACGGUCAACACACAGUUUGUAAAAGUUUUUAACUUUUGUAACCUAUGGGCACACAACCCUCUGUAAGAGGAAUUGUCCUGUCUUGGUGCCUGCUUUUUAAAGUGGCAUCAAUUUUUUAAGAAGCUAUCUUGAAGCAGUACAAAAGUCUGUAUUUUGUGUUCAUAUUGUGUUCCUUACGGUUGCCUGAAAUGUUUAGGUGUUUAAUCUGAUGCUUAUCACCCACAGGUCAAAUAUUUUGAUUUAGCUCAUUUGUUCUUCUGGAAUGUUUUGUCUCCAGACUGACAAAUGACUUGUAGGCAUCACUAAUGUAUGAGCUGACUCAGGUUUGCUUGUUUUUCUAAUGCAUUCUUGUUUGGUGCUACAAAAACAUGGUUUCAGGUCCUUUCUUCAGAACAUGAGAGGUGCUUUUCAACCUUCGUUUGCAAGGUGAUGAAUGCAUAGAUAUUGUUAAGUUAAAGAGUACCUGUUGAUGGCAAUUUGGAUUUUGUGGCUAAGAGUUUUUGAUAAAUUUGAUAAGGGACUUUAUCUUCAAGGAAUUUUGUGAAUGAAAGAUUUGUCUCACUUGUCUUUUCUAUCUCUUCAUAAAUUUUUUUAUUUCAUUUUGCAUUAAACAGUUUUGUUUUUGUUUUGGUUUACUUUGUUUUUUUUGCGCACAGAACCAGUGCAAGGCUUAAUUUAAACCGUGCUUUUCUUAGAGUUUUACAGACAACGUCUCUUGUUCUUUGUGGACCUCUCCUAUUUUUUCAUGUUUGUGUUGUUUCCAUUCUCAUGCAUCAUGUUACCAGUAUCAGGUCUCACUGGGCUGUAAUACAGCUCUAAUCAGUUCUAUAAACAAAAAAAAUCAGUUUAGCAACCUAAGCUCACUGUAUUGAAAACAAAAGGCCAUAAAGAAUGUUGGUGAAAUCAAAGCAGGCAAACUUACACCACUGUAAUCAAUACUGGGUAAUGAAUAUCUCCAUAGCUGUGUAGUAUGAGAAAUAUUGAAGGAGGCUAACAUUUAUAGCUGCCACAAUUCUCUUAGCAUGGGAAUGAAGUUAUAGGAAAAAUGACAAAUUUGUGACGAGUUGGGGAAUAUCUAAAAAUUUAGAAGAAUGACUAAUUUGGCUUCCUUGGUUGGAUGAAAGCCAGAGUAACCUUCUCUAAUCUAAAUUCUAUUUUUAAAUUGAGAAUGUCUGUUUGUGAUAAGUUACCUUUGAUCAAAGACCUUAAGAACACAAUAGAAUAUAAGUCCUUUUUUUGAAAGAAAAUUUGUUUACCAUAACAUGCACAUAAUUCAAUACAAUUCAUUCAAGUUUGGUCAUUUGUUCAAUUUCAUUUUGUUGUCUUUGUUUUUGUACAAUAUUGAUUGCUUCGUGAAUCUGGGAUUGAUUAGCACAGCUUAAUUUAAUUUUUUUGUUAGUCAACACACACAUGCCCAGGAACUAGCAAUGACUUAGAUGAUAAGUCUUGACAAAAUCUGUUUUCGUGUUGAAAUGUUCUCUAAAUUAGUGUCUCAUUCAGUGAGCUGUUAAAGACUUAGAAUUUCAUUACCUUUCCCACACAAUGAGCAAUUGUUUUCCAGUAAGUGGUUGCGAUUGAGUUUCAUUAAUGACUUUCAUUUUUUAAUUAGCCUUAAAAACAGCACGGUGUCUUGAAUAUAAUGUAUUGAAUUGUACAUGAUGUUUUUCAAAUUGGUGAGAAGAUAACAAUAGUGUUGCUGUCAUCAAGGGUAGAAUGUAAUUGUGGUGAAGGGAAAUUUACUCAAGAAUUUCUACGUCAUUCUCUGGAAUCAUGCAGUUAGCAGCUAACUCAAAUGUUAUUAUGGUAGUUAAGUUUCUCAAUCAUCUUCGCACGACUAGCAUUAAUUUCAAUAGCUAAAAUGAUUGCUACGUGUAUGUUAUAAAAUGAUGACAUCAAGUCUUCAGUCAGAAAAUGUGCGAAAUUGUCAACAGCUUCUUUAUCAACUCUGCAUGCAAUUGUCAGCUUUAUCCCUCUCAUUCAUCGCAGUAUUAAAUUGUACAAUGACGUCUUUCAACAAUUUUUCCAUUAUUUUCUCAAGCCAAGCCAUUAACAUAUAAGAGAAGCCAAGAUUUAUCUCAAUGGGAUUGAUUUGGGUUGAGUUAAUUUGUAUUUGUUUAAUUAACAGUCUGCAGUUGGAUUAAAGCUGUCUGCUGUAAUCACCUCAAAAUCUACAGCUUAUGAAGGAUCUAGUCAGAGGGUUAAUGAAUAAAUCUUUGUUGUGGCGAGAACUGACAGAAUUUUCAAAAUAAUUUUUCUGUUGAUUAUGCCACCCUGACAGUGUCUUAGUUGAGUUUUUGGACAAGAUGCCUACAGGAUUUAAAUUUUUUGCUUUGUUUGUUUGUUUAAGUUUUCUUUCUUCUUGUGUCAGAAAUGGGAAUGAUUACCUCAACCGAUUAUUUCUAACAGUCAUUUUUUUGGUGGAGCAGACUGUGCUUAUUCUUUGGACCUAGCAGUUUAUCAUUUAAUUAUCGACUUAACUUUUUUUUUUUGAUAAAAGGAGCCAAAAUUGAAAUGGAGGAAGCUGAAAAAAUUCGAUUAGUAAUUAUUCAAUGCUUUUGCCAAUAAGAUUUGAGUAUCAAUUCUCAGCCUCGUGUCAAACAUUUCAUUUAAGCGAAAAAUAAUUUCCGAAUUAAUCUUUUUCUCCCUCCCAUCACCUUAUUUCUUCUCCAUAAUUCCAAAUACAGAGAUGUUUUUAAGGAAAACUCAUUGAUGGUCUCUCUCAGAAUUAGAAUAUCAGUUUGACUCUAACUUACUUCUUGUACAACUUUUGAAGAGGCCAUUUUAUUGACGUAUUGUAAACCACGCACUUGGGCCAAAAUAGCUCUCAGUGUAGAAGUCAUUGAGGGUUUUGUAGCAGUAGUUGUCUAAGAUCACAUGCAUUAUUACUUUGCCUUGUUUGGCUGUAGGUUUUGAUGUUACGUAAUAUGCACAGCAAUAGGCUAAUGUUUGUUUUAGGCUCAGUUACACAAGCUUCCUAAGUAAAGGAUACUAGUGGCUUUGGAUGAUGGAUGAAUGGGCAAAGAUUAAGUUAAAUUGAUGUCUUUAGAAUAAUAUCUUUUUGCUUGCAACUUCAUGCACCAGCCAUAAACAGGCACUUGGUGAAGAAGUUUUUUUCCUGGUCAAAUGCAGGUUGACUGACCUGCAUUGUUGUAUUCUGUUGAAAAGCCUCUUUGAUCAGGAGGCUUUUAGGUUUCGUCUUUCUGGUAAGUAAUUAUGGCUUAGGAAUCUUUGAAUCUAUUUGCUAGAAGUAUUUUAGGUGGCAUUUUGAACUCUGUAGGAAAAUGUAAUAACCUUUUUAUGCGAACAUUUGAUGUCUAAUGAUUCUUGUGAUAGAAUCUGAACUCACAGGAUCUGAGUCUAAUUUGUCAUUUUCCCAUUUCUACAACACAAAAUGAAAAAAAGAAAAGUAUAAUAAGGGCAAAGCUUGUCAAUAAUAAUGAAUUUUCUCAGCCUUUAUGUCUUCUGUUUCAUUCUUAAGUACAUGGCAUUGUAUAGUCUUCUCCAUGUUCAGUGCUAUUUUUUUUUUAUGGGUUUCUCAGAAAAUGUUGAAAGUUUAAGUAGCUUUUCCAAGAAACUACUUGUUUUUAAAGUUCUGCAGAUUCUUAGCAAAGCUGAUACUGAGAAAAUUAAAAGCAAGAUUUCAGAAGUGCUGUAGCUUUCCAUCAACAUUUUUCCAAAAAUUGGUUAAACUUGGUUCAUAAACUCUUGGCAUAUCGAUGAGCAUUUAUGUUGGACAUCAAUUUUAACUGAUGGCGCAGAAACUCGCAAAUUAGAAUUGGUAAUUUACUGGUUAAGCAAAAAGUGAGCUUCAUAAGGCAAAGAAUCCAUCAAUGGAAAAUAAAAUUAUUUUUAUUUUAAAAGAAGGGUCAUCUUCUCGAAGGAAUCAUUUUGAUGUGCACAACCCAUUUUUAUCUCAUACUGAAGAUUUGAGAACAGGCUCUGCAUUGAUGCAAGCACUUUUUCCCUAUUAAUGCAACACAAUGAAGAGUGUAAAGGAUUCUUUUCACCAUGCUGAAAGUCCUUGUAAGAAAAAUUUUAUAAGUGUUGGUGUGGUUGAUUGCAAGAGGUGGUAUUAGUUGUGGUUCUUGGUCAUGAUGAAUAUAUUGUUUUGUAAUGAGGUCUCAUCAAUGGUUUGUCUCAUGUUGUACCCACUUGCAGUGUGGAUCCUCUGUUGAGGUUGAUUCGUUAUGCGUCACCUUAUCUGGCAAUGCACAAUGGAACUGACUAUAUCAUGAGACAAAUAAAGUGCAUGUAACUGUAUUACUAAGCCUCUUUUUCCCAAGAUCUGAUUGUCAAUGCUCCCCUCUGGCUGUCACAGGUUUCUUUGUAAAUUAGUUAUGAGAAUAAUUAUGGUGGUAGAUCAAGAUGACAACUUUUACAUAAUAAGUUUGAGUAUUCUCAUUACCUGUUUGAUGGAUUAAUAGAGUAUUAAUAGAUUAAUAGAGUAUGGAUAUUGAGGGAAGAAGUUACAUGUCAAUCAAUUUUGGAAGUUAAAGGAUUAAUAAGGCUGAUGUAUUUAUUUGUAUACCUGGUGGUAAGCUGUGACUCAAUUACCCUGUUGACCUCAUUGCGUCUUAGAAAAUUGUUGUCAGCCUCUCAUGUUACCCCUAAGGCACCUACCCUCCAAUAAAGGUGACAAUGAAAGUGAUUUCUUCAUUAUGCCAGGUAUGAGAGGCCCACCAGGAGAGCAGGGUCCCCAAGGGGAUCCAGGACCUCCAGGACCAAAGGGUGCAGAGGGACCUCAGGGAGGUCAUGGUGAGUGUCAGAGAUUGUUGUGUUUUAGUAUUGCAUUUUAUCAUACAUUAACACUACUGCUCAUGUGCAUUACAGCAUUGCAUGUGCAAGAAGGGCAUGCAAUUCCAUUGCAAUACAUGUAUGCAGGGUGUAGGGAGACAAAAAGAGUUUUUCAGACUCAACAAUGAACUUUAUAUUUUCAAUUUUUGAUAUUAAAGAACCAAAUUUCAGGGCUUAGCAUAAACACUCACAUGAACCCUAAUCACAUGAAUUUGUUCCUUUGGGGGUCAGCUCUGGAAACAUCAGCAUUUCAAACUUGUAAAGAUUGACUGAGUACCUGUCAUUAAACACUUGUUAAACAAGUCAAACAUUUUUGUUCCCUUAUUUUCAGGAAUUCCAGGCGUCCCAGGCCUUGCAGGAGGUCCAGGUACAGAAUAACACCAAAUAAUGUCAAUUAUUCAUGUGAUUAUUGAGGUUUACACUCUCUGAUUGGUCAGGAAUUCUAUUGUGUCUCGUACUUGAUACAAAAUAUCCAUUGUUUUUUUUCUUUAUCGGAAAACUCUUACAUACAUGGUUUUCAAAUAGGUCCAGGAGAAAAAUGAUCACAUAAAAAUUAUUUUAAAGUAGUUUAGGAAACAGAAGCAAGAGUGAAAUUUGUUAGUGUUAAAGUAGUGCCUAGCCAGAGUCAUAAUAGUACUCUCAUAUACAACUAAAAUCUGGCAUCUUUUAGGCCCCAAAGGUCAGAAAGGAGAACCAGGUCCAACAGGUGUUGGUGUUCCUGGGGAUAAGGGAGACAAAGGAGACACAGGUACCUGAAUAUGGAAUAUGAAGAAAGAAAUGUAGGAACAUUGUUCUAUUAAACACAGUGGGUCUUGCAUAGGAAGUUAAGGCUACCCUGUAAGGGUCCUAGGAAAACAGACUGAAGCUUUUAGACAAGUCAUGCUCUUUUUCAGGGUUAUCCUCUUUUGUCAGAAGAAUUAUCAGAGUACUGAACAAAUAUUCUGCCUAAAUUUUUCAAGUUAGAGUCAUUUUUCAUUCUGAGUUGGUACCAUAUUCGGUGUUUUUGAUGUGUUUUAGACCACACUAUUAAGGAUGACAUGUUUCAAGCGUCAUGAAAUCUGAGUCAUGAUGUCAUGUGAUGUUCUCUUGUCUUCACUUCCAGUUUUACUCAGGGCUCUUCAGAAGCCUUGGUUUUAACCCAAAAGUAAUAUGGCAAAUGAGCUAAUUUAGCACAGAAAAUUUUUUUUCCUUAACAUAGCCAACAGCACACCUGUGCAUACACAAAAGUUCUUUUCUUAAGACACCAUUUGAGACUUUCCAUUGAGUCUCAAAGAGGUGGGAGAGAAUGAUGAAUUGUUAGUUUUCUGGUCAGGCAAGUGCUUUAUUGGUCUAGGUUAUUCAAGUUAAAAACUGCAUGUCUCUGACAAAUGGAGAGGUGAAUUCACCCCCCUUCCCCCUAACCCAAAGGUUAGCUCCACUUUUAUUCUGAAUCAUUUUAUGAGUUACUGUAUCCUUAAAUUGAUACUGGUGAUUCUUUGCCACCAUCUUGCCUCAUUGUUACUGUUUUUUGUGUGUGUGUGUGUGUGUGUGCGUGUGUGCGCAGGAGACCAAGGGCCAGCAGGAAAAAGAGGGCCAACAGGUAAAAGGGGUGAACGUGGACCUCUAGGAGAGAAAGGGGACCCUGGUCCAAGGGGAGAAAAAGGCAGCACAGGCUCAUUAGAGGUUGGUUAAGUACUUACUAUCCUGGUAUUGAUUAGUCUAUUGACACCCUUGUUUUUUCUACUUUUGUUAUUUCUGGUGGUUUUCCCACAUGGAAGGGGUAACAUGCACUGCUGAUUUUUGCAUUUAAGUAAAAAAGUCAGCAUAUUACCCUUUGUCAAUGGAUAAGCCACAUAUUCUGUUGUAUAUUCAGUAAGAGGUGGGUCAGCUGUUUGCUCAGCAAACUUGGAUGAGUCUAACUAGACAGUAAUUUUUUUUAUUAUGAGUAAAUGGGAAUUUAUUGCCUACUUUCCUCCUUCGUCUUAAGGAGGGAUACUCCCCAGAAGUAACUAUGUUAUUCACUUGGUGAAACCCUCUCUGUGGUGUCCAUUAUGGAGUCAGAAAAUCUACAGAACUGGAGCUGCAAGCUCUCUUGUCAUGCUUAUAGCUAGCUUUGUGAGAUUUUAUCUACUGCUCAACUGAGUUGAUGAAAUAAUUUCAUUUCCGCAAUGGCACUCUAUUACAACCCACUUACUUGCAUCCAAGAAUCUGUUUUAAAAACACCCCUUGAAUUAAUCAUUAAUUUUGAAGCCGUUUUAAUCUGGCUUGUUACAAUGUACAUGUACUGUUGACUGAAAACUGAUGUUUUUUGUCAACAGUCAUCGCAGAGGCCAUCAGCACACUUGACAGGCUACACGAGGCACACCCAGAAUUCUCCAAGAGCAGGUAAAUAAACUUUUCCUGUAUGUAUAUUUUUCACAACGGCUGGUUUUGACAAGCCAACAAAAUCCUAGACUAAUAACAUAUUCACUUUAUCCUGAACAUCCCAGACUGAUUUUCCCAACAUUUCAGGAGAUUGUAAGAUGUCUAUCUCCAGUUAUGUUUAUGACUCUGUGGCAGCUAAGCUAUUACAAGAUUGAUAACUAAAAUUAUAGCCAACAUCCCUAAUGGUAAAAUUAUGAUUUUUCAUAUGUUCUCACUGUUAGCCAAUCAUCACACAAAUCUGGAGCAGAUUUGCUAUUAGUCACAAACCAUCUUAGGCAAUUUUGGCAUGUCUAGAAUUUCCAGUUUUUCAAAUGCCCAUAAAUUUAAGACGGUCAAGAAAUUGAAAUUUUAUAAAGUCCAGGAUUUUCCUGACUCACAAGAAUCUACCAUAACCUUAAUUGUAAAGAUUGGUGUGCAAUAGUUCAUCACUCUACACCAAGACUCAUAUGAAUAUUUGAACAAACAAUGCAUUGAAACAGAAACUGGGCUAGAACUGUCAAAAAUGUUAUUAGUGUGAUUUUUCCUAGUUAGGAGCUGCAUUUCCUGUGGAAGUGGAGCUGUGAUUUGGCUUAUGUCUGGAAAUAUAUGAAACUUUAAGUGUUUUUCAAUUUCCUGAUUAAACUGGCUGAAGAAAAGAUAUACAUGCAAAUUGAAAACCCUUCCUGUCAAAAUUUCCAGUCAACUAUCUAGACUGCACAUGGUUCAAAAUAUGAUUUGUUUUUGUACUAAGCUGCUGAUGCACUUAGAUACAAUUCAAGCAGUCUUUUACCAUCCAUUAACAGUUUGGUGCAAGGGGGCCUUGCCAAAGUGUUUACACUUUGGUUUCUGUGCUCUCUUUUUAACAGGCUUCUUAACCGGGUGGAAUCUUACACUGAGGCAAGGGGGGAUGCGAUAUCGACAUGGAGAACUCAUUGUCCCGACAUCAGGAGUGUAUUUAAUAUAUAGCCAGUUGUAUUACACAACUCCUUCUAAUAAGAGCGUGACUUAUUAUGUCUGUGUGAACAAUAUUGAAAAGGUUAAGGGUGUAAAUUCUGGCAGUGGUGCUUUCAAUACCAUUUCUCUCAGCUUUCUUUCACCUCUUGAUGCUGAUGAUAUCAUUACUCUGAAACUGGGAGACAAAAGUAAUAGAGCAUUUCUGGUUGAGGAAGCAAGCUUUUUUGGAGCAUUUUUGGUUAGCAGAGGUUGAGAUAUGUGGUGUACACAGUCUUUACAGAUACCAUGGGUGGAUAAAAAGUAUUUGAAAAAUGUGUAAAUUUAUAGACUUAAAAUUGCUACAAAGUAGUUGGAAAGAUAAAUUAUUUGAUUUAUAGAGUUAUAGGUUUGUCUGUGUCAGAUAACUGGCACGUUAAAUCAGAUUGAUUGAAAAUUCCAAGAAAUGUCUCGCAGAGUUCACAGGAUGCAGCAGUAUUAGUUUUUUUUUUUUAAUAAAACUGGCUUGCUUUAUGUAUUGUACACUUAAUGUAACAGCCAUUGCUAUCUAUAUAUUAGGUAUUGAAAAGUUUGCCAUAAGUUUAUAAAACGACAAUUAGUUGUAAAGAUGAUAAAAGUUGAAACUCUGUGCAGAUUAUAGCAAAACUGCAUGUCAUUGAUUUUGCUAUAGGUUCGUUGCAUGUACCCUAGAAUUCAUAAAACUUGUUUGUUCCAGGAAUUAUAAGAAACUGGGAAGACGAUCAAGGUCAUGCGCACAAAAUAGGUGGAAUGCAAUACCAAGAUGGAGAACUGGUGAUCUCUAUGUCUGGAAGAUACUAUGUGUACAGCCAAUUGUACUUUCAAGUAGAAGAUGACAGACCACACCUGAUUCAUUAUGUACAUUUAAAUAGAACUGGCAACGCAGAGGUCAUUAUGCGUAGUGUGACAUCACGGUGUCGCGCCAAAAAGUCAAAAGUUUACCUGUACAGCAGCUAUCAAGGUGGAGUGUUUGAGUUGCAAAAUGGCGACCACAUCAUGGUUGGAGUGUCAGAAGAUAACACCCAGGCGAUAGCAAAGUAUGAGUCAGCAAGUUAUUUUGGAGCCUUCCUGAUAUGAAAAUUGGUAUGGAAAAAAUUGAUUAUUAAUAGAUACUUGUUGUAUUAAUCUUACUUGUAAUUAUGCACUUGCCACACUCACUGCAAGGCUUAUGAGUUUCUCUCUGAAGUAAUACAUGUAUUUUAUAAUGCCCUCAAUUCUUCUUGUUAGAGUUGUCCAAGAUUAGAAUUAAUAAAAAUAACCAUCUGUAGUCCUACAGCUGCUUGGAGUUCUAGCAUCAAAGAUCUCCAUUCAGCGGUUCACUCUUUUUUUUGCUUGUGGCAAAUGACACACUACAAAAGGAAGGUACAAGGUAAAACACUGUUCUGUUAUUUUUCAGAACUGAAUCUUUAACUUUCGUGAUUGACACUUGGGGAAGAAUUGACCAAGGUCAGGUAGAUAGACAUAUAAUAGGCUUUGUUGUGCUGCACUUUCACUUGCACCGUGCACUGUAAUACUAACCAAGAAGCACAUGACCAACCAUUUUGGGUUGCAAGUAAAACCGUUAGAUAUCCAAACUGGAAGGAAUAACCUUGGGUUAACUGGUAACAGUUGUUAUGUAUAUUUUAAAUGCGAUCCACUGCAUCAGUAAAGUUUCAGUAGCUCUGUUGAAUUGAUUAGAUAAGGAUAUUAUCGUACAUCUGCCUUUCAAAAAAACAAGUGAACUCCAAAGUUCAAAGUCUAACUCUGAGGGUUUUCCUUAAGAAUCAGUCUAGGUUCUAACUACUGAGGAGGCACUGGAAAAAAUUAAUGCACUUAACAUUCAAAUGAACGAUCAAAGAACAAAGAAACACAAAUCCCUAAUGAAUUACUUGGCGUCAACGCAAGAUCUUGUGAUCGUCAGCAUUAAACUUUUGCCACUCCAAUGAUCCAGUUCUGUGACAGAAAGUUUCCCACCCAGUUAAAAAAAAAUCGGGGAUAACUUCUUAACUAAUUUUAACUGUCCGUUAUUGAACACUGGGUGGUGUAGUGCAAUUUUUCAAGAAUUCUAGUAAUUGUUUGAGUGGUUUUGUGGUUAUGGUUGUCCUGGUCAAGUUUUUUGCUAAGUACUGUCAGCUUUUACAUCUGCCGAGAGUAGCCUGGUCAUAAUUGGCAAACCAACGUCCCAAAAUAUUGAAUUUUGUAUUCAGUAUUUUGCAUGUUCGGGUGAGAUCAAUGUAUGAUUGGGUGAGACCAAUGUAUGAACUACAUGUACAACUUAGAGAAAUGUAUUGAAGGUAGAGGGUAGUUAAUUGUGAGAUCCCAGGAAUUAAAAGGUGAAAGUUCAUGGGUCAUAUACAGCUUUAAACCGUACAAAAUUGUGCUGACGAAAAGCAAAGAUCACUGUAUUUCCCAGCAGGUUUCUUGUAGAGAGAGACCUGUGGAACAAGCCGCAACAUUAUAAUACUGAAGAUGUGUUCCCAUCAAAAAGGAGAAACGAAAAACAAAAUACAUGUGGUCAAUUUUCAAUGAGUUAUAUCAUUGGGUAGAUUGUGGUUCUGCAGUUAUUUGGUCAAGUUUGUUGGGCAAGGAUCAAAAGAUUGAAACUUUACUUGGUGCAGUGUUGAUCAGUAUUAAUUUUGCCACUUUUGUGACACAGUUGUUGCCUCUAUCAAGGGGCAGAUGUGUUGAUUAUCAAGUAAUCUUAAUUUAUUAACCGUAAUAACAUGCUAACAUUCACCGUACACGGUAGCCAUUUAUCAUAGAGUUUAGAUCAUUUUAACAUCGGUGUUUUCACUUCACGAAAUUGUUGAAUUUUUAUGUUUGUCACCUAAACUUGGAAUUAUGCAGUAUUUAGUGGACAGCUUCGGUUCUCAAUGUGGGUUACAGCAUACACUGUUUGUGGUUAAGCUUAUUUUGUAGGCAGAUCAAAAUUAGUAGGAUCAUUUUUAGGGUGCUGUGUAAUUCCACAGUUUUGACUCACUACUGCUGUUAGUUAACCUGCACUUGAUUCUGAAAUGAUUAAGUUGACGACGUAUGCUUCCAGUGUUAAAAGUUUUCUUAAAUAGAUAUUCAUUCAAGCUAUCUUUUUUGACAAUCACACGUAGCCACAUCAUCUUCCUUCCGAGAGGAGGCAGGCCUUCAUUUUAGGUUUAAAUGCUCUUAAUGAUUUCAAUGAUCCAAGAUUUUUUCCAUCUUUCUCCUUCUUAGUAUGUGUUCACUUUUCCUUUUACAAUCAUAUCCUAGUUUAAUGGUAACGACACAGUGAUGCGUUCUACAGAUUCCUAGUGGCAAGUUAUCAAAAAAAAAAAAGUCAAACAGACAAUGAAUUUGAUAUUCCAAUUAUUUUUAGAGACUUCUUUUGCCUAAGCGAACAUUCUAAUUUGCAUUAAUCAGACUUUUUUACUACAAAGGACCAGCCGACACACUUCAGUGUGAAGUUUAGUUAGGGCUACUCAUUUUCUACGUGCUUUUUGUAAGAGACUUCUUUUUCUAUUUUUAUGGUUGUUUAUUUUUACUGUAUACUUAAUGCAUUAGUGCUGCAUUCUGUGAACAAAGUGGAUGACCUUCUUCCUAAUCUCAUGUUUUGGUAUCUCAGAUUCAUAAAAUACUAGUAUUUUUUAACGUAAAUCUUUAAAUUAAAGCUUAGAAUUAAUUAAUUGAAAACAUUACUGUUCUUUAUAACAAAAAUACAACCUCUACAUAGAAUAAUUAUUUUUGUUACUUAUCUAGGUUAAACUCAGUAUUAAUAUCAACAUACAGUCUUCGUAGCAACAAGAGCUUGUUGAAGUACUAAUCAGUGUUUCUGUUUAUUAGACGUACUGUUUAAAUGGAAUUUUGAGUAGAAUUAUUUCUAAGAGUAAUCAAGAAAAGGUAAAACUAGAUGAGGUUUCAGUGAGAAAACCUUCAAUAUAUUUUAAUAGUGUAGAUAGCAGUUCCCCUUUAUUAAAAAAUGAAAGACAAACUGAGAUGUAGUUCCAGAUUUCCAGUGGCUUCUUCCCCCCCCUCCUCCCCUCCCCCCCUCCUCACUCUUACGUCUGACGAGAGGGGAUCACCACAAUGAACACAACGAAUGAGAGUUGUUAGACUGUUACCAUCGAAGCGUAUCGGAGAUUCUGGAGGAAGCCAGCUUGAUAUUAUAUCCGUCAAGGGGGUUUAAUUCAUUUUAAUUCAUCCUUUUAUCGAAUAUGCAGAAUACUGAAAUAGUAUUUUAGAAUCUAUACUUGAGAUCAGUCUUGAGUAGUUUCCUCUCUGGGUGUUGUUCAUCCAUGCAUAUCAACCCAGUUCUUAGCAAUUUACUAUUUUUAAACAAAUUUUGACAGUUAAGAUUCACUAGACCCAUUGGGAUGUAAUCAAAUUUUUCUAGUCAUUUUUUAAUAUGCAUUCCUUUGUAAAUUAUUUACAUUAGAGUGGGGAUUUUUGUACAAUAUUUUUGUAUUUUCAAUGUUGCGCAUGCAUAUUUUUGUACAGUGACUUUGUGUUUCCAAGAUAGGUUGUUAAGAAAGUCGCCAACAAAUGUUUUAUUGUGUUUAGAUAGAGGUGGACUGCGUUACUUCAAGCAGUACCAGUGUAUGGUUCUUGGGAACAGUCUCUAAGUGCUUUUAAUUCUUAAAAGCUCCUCAUAUAUCUGUUCUGUACUUUAUAUGUCGAGAUCAGAGGCCAUCACAGGCUGGAAUCCUAACUUUAAACUUCAUUUUAAAAAAAUCUGCCUUAUGAAUCAACAUCUUUGCGGAAAAAUUUAUUCACACGAGAAAAGACAAAUAAG